UCAGACAUCAGCUUGGAACAGAUCUACACACAGAGACCCGUCGCUGGUAAACGAGAGUCCCCAGAAGGAACGUUACGGACGUCAGGAGGGCGGUGGACGAGUCCCCCCAUCACAUCCAGAAGAAGGGACGAGAGCGUGGACACGGAUGACGAUUAUGACGACGUGGAAAUACCAGCGAGGUACAGUACAUCUUCAGUAGUCUACAGUACAGAUGAAAGUCUUCAUGAUAGCACACUGAAGUUCAAUGAUGACGUUCCUCCUCCUCUUCCUCCCAAACCGAAGCAGCGCAGUAGUUCAGAGGAGAGUAUGGCAGCAGAAGAUGAUCACAGUAAAGCUCUGGGCAUCAGCAUCUCUACACCUUUAUUCAGGACGUCCAGCGGGACACACACACGACCUCGACCCGUCCCUCGACCACGAUCUGUGCGCAGCGUCAACUCAGAUCCGUCUGCGUUCUCCAGCUUCCGCACUGAACCUCCAGCAGAUCUUCAGCCUCCUGAACUUCCACCGAAGAAGGACAGAAGACGCAGACAAGCUCCUCAGGAUCCGGUCGAGUGCGUCAGUCCAGUGGUCAAGAAACCACCGAUUGUCUUCAGGAAGGUCUUUCACGGCUGUCCUCUGAAGCUCAGCUGCUCGAUCUCAUGGGAACAUCCCACCACUAAAGAUCAGCACCUGAUUUUCGGGGCGGAUGAGGGGAUCUUCACACUAAACCUCAACAGUUCUGAGACGACCAUGGAGCUGCUGUUUCCUGGCAAGUGUGUGUGGCUGUACACCAUCGGCGGCGUGUUAAUGUCCGUCUCAGGGAAGUCGUCUCAGCUGCACUCGCACUCGCUGAAGGAGCUGUACGAACAGACGCGCAGAGAGCAUCGCAUCGUUGCCCUGCCGACACACAGGCUGUUGCCACGGAAGUUCGCAGUCAGCACAAAGAUUCCAGACACAAAGGGAUGCAGGACGUGUUCAGUGGCUCAUAACGCUCAGAACGGCUGUGUGUUUCUGUGCUGUGCGCUGGAGUCCAGCGUGGUUCUGCUGCAGUGGUACGAGCCCAUGCACAAGUUCAUGCUGAUCAAGCAAUUCGACUUCCCUCUGCCGACGCCGCUGCGUCUGUUUGAGAUGAUGGUGGCUCCGGAUCAGGAAUAUCCUCAGGUUUAUAUCCGGGUGAGCAGAGGAUCCGGGCCGUCACACCCGGUCCAGCUGGACUAUAUCGACCUGAACUCAAACACAUCCUGGUUCGCUGAUACUGGACUCGAGAACCGCUGCGCUGACAGAGUUCAGUUGAAUCAGCUGGACAGCGACACACUGCUAGUUUUGAUGGACAACUCUGUUCAUACGGUCGCUCUGGACGGAUCGGCUAAAUGUCACAGACACCUGACGGACGUCAGCUUUAAGUUAGACAUCAACGCCGUGGUGUAUCACGACGAGACGCUGAUCGCCGUCUGGAAACACGGCUGGCAGAGGAGAUGUCAGGGGUCAUCAGAGAUCCUGCAGGAGAUCACUGACCACAAGAAGACAUUCCGGCUGCUGGGGUCCGACAGAAUCGUUGUCAUGGAGAAGCGAGCGUGUGAUGACCAAUCAGGACUCUGUAAUCUGUACAUCCUGGAGACGGUUGACUCCGCCCCUGUGUCCCUAACACACACACGGCUAACCUCUGUUAUUAAUUAAACUCCUCCAGGUGUUAAUAAAGAGGUCAGCACAGGUGUGAGAACACAGGCCACGUCUGUCUGCAGUGUGUGUGUGUGUGUGUGUGUGUGUGUGAUCUCUCAGUGAUCAAUCCACCGGUGAACCAUUACAAGUAGAACAAAUUGUACAGUUUCUAACUAGUUUGCUGCACAGUAAGAUUCAGAAACAGAAACCCAGAGCAGGUGAGAAUGUGGACAGGAAGCCUAGAGCUGUAUUUCUAGAUUUCUGAGUAUUUCAGGUCAAGUCACCUUUAUUUGUAGAGCGCUUUAUACAAUGCUGAGACACAGCAUGUUCUGACAGCGCAGUCAUUACAGUAAGUGUGUGUGUGUGUGAGAGAGAGUGUGUGAGUGGCUGAGUGUGUGAUGUGUGUGUGAGCAGCGCCACCGCCUGGUCAGAUCUUCUGUCUGUCUGCUGUUCUUCUGACUGGACAUUAAAGGUCUGCUGAAUAUCUCAGAGGAGAGGAGGAUUUGCACGUCUGUUGUAGAUUAAUAAAGUUGUUCUGUGUGAAGUCAGCCGGAGAUAUGAAUGUAACUGAAACUGAAAUAAAAGCUAUUCAAGAUGGUUAUACAAAUAUGAGUCUCAUUUUAAAAAUGCUACACAUUCAUA